AUGGAGCGCGACUUUCAUGGCGGUCAUGGCGGCUAUGAGCGCGACGGAAACUCGCGACCACGUGGAAGACCGAACCGACGCAAUGCGACAGACAUUGGAACCACAUAUGUCAACUUUCUCGGGAAUCGACGGGCCCCUGGACGAGGCACACGAGGCUUUGAGGCAGAGAGACCGGUGGCAAGCUAUAUCGCCAACAUGCUUCCCCCGAUCGCUCGCAAGGCCAGACCCGCAGACUCAAUCCCAGCAAAGCAUCUUCACACGGCGUUCAACAAGGUCAGACAUCAUGUCACGGCCGUCAAGUGGACUCCGGAAGGUCGUCGUCUUUUGACUGGCUCGACAAGUGGCGAGUUCACACUAUGGAACGGCACGGGAUUCAACUUCGAGACCAUCAUGCAGGCGCACGAUAAUGCAAUUCAGUGUGUCGAGUACUCGCAUAAUGACGAGUUCCUCAUCUCCGGUGAUGUCGAUGGUAUCGUCAAGUAUUGGCAGACCAACUUCAACAAUAUCCAAGAGAUCCACGCCCACCAGGACAAGAUCAGGGAUAUGUCAUUCGCGCCCACUGACACCAAAUUUGCCACGGCGUCAGACGACCAAACUGUCAAGAUCUUUGACUUCAACACAGGUGUUGAACAGACUACGUUGACCGGACACGGCUGGGACGUGAAGAGUGUCGACUGGCACCCCACAAAAGGUCUCCUUGUGAGUAGUGGAAAGGACCACCAAGUCAAGCUAUGGGACCCCCGCAACGGACGCGCACUCACAUCAUUAAUGGGCCACAAAAAUACAGUCCAUAUGGUGCGGUGGGAGCCCAGUAACGGCGUCUUGCUUGCAUCUUGUGCUCGAGAUUCGGUCCGCGUGUUCGAUAUUCGCAUGAUGCGAGACGUCUUUCUCCUCAAAGGCCAUGAAAAGGAUGUCAAUUCCCUCGUAUGGCAUCCCUUUCACUCUUCACUCCUCACCACUGGCGGCAGCUCCGGCGGAAUGCACCACUACCUUCUCGACGAGCAAAACAACGCCCAACACGGGGCACCAUCCACCCUCUCACCCUACGACUCCAAGAACCCCACAGAAGCACCCGCACAAUCCAUCUGGCCCGCCCACGUACUCCAAGCAGCCCAUGAUUGGAGCAUCUGGAGCAUGGACUGGCAUCCCAUGGGCCACAUCCUCGCAUCUGGCUCCAACGACAAAGCAACCCGCUUCUGGACCCGCCCACGACCAGGCGAAGACAGCUACAUGAAAGACAAAUACCACAUCGGCCAGGAUGAGGCCGAGAAGCAAGGCACCUUCAACAAGAAGACAGCCUGCGAGGAGGAAGAAGCGGAAGAAGACGAUGACGAAGACGCCAUCGACGAUCAAACCCAGCAGUCCUCCCUCCCUGGCCUGAUUUCCAGAUCCAAACUCCCAGGUCUCGGCGCUGCAGCAGUUCCAGCUUUCGCUCCACCCUUCCCGGGACAUGGCCCACAACCUGUGCAAGCACCAUCCUUUAUGCCACCUGCAGCUCCCUCACCCGAGGAACUCGCUGCUCUGUACCAGCGAUUUGGAGGCCAGCUGCCGCCUCCAGGUCAGUUCCCACCACCACUAGCCAGCUUUCAACCACAAGGUAUGCCACUAGGAUUCGCGCCACCACAAGGCUAUCCACCUUCGUUUGGCGACGGGCUGCCUGGGAUGGGUCAGCCUCCUGCGCCGCCUUCAAGGGAUGGCGGUGUCCGUAAGCGAGGUCCGCUACCCGACCAGGCUGAAGCGCUCAAGCAGGAGAUGCGGGCGGGACGAUAUACUAAGGCGAGAUAA